UCAGAACCCAGCAUGACCGUGUGCGCUGAUUCUACCGGCCAUACGGUCGCGCACCCUGUUUACACUCUACUUAUACAUUGGAGAUAAGUUCGCGCGGCACAUCCUACCCGAUUGUUACCAGUGACCACUGAAUCAAUCAGUCCUCUGCACUCUGCUCGUCGCAACUAAGCGCCCCUGUUUCUUCCUCUCGCCUGUUUGUUCUUCCCGUUCCAGCCUUCCAGGAUGAGGGCGGCCAUCGCGCUCACGAUCUGCGCUCUGUCCGCGCUGCUGGCCGCGGCGCGCGGAUCGGAGAAGCCGGCGACCGCGGCGGUGGCGGCCGUGGGCGUGGCGGCGGCCGGCGACCUCCUCCGCUCGGGCGGCCACCGCUACCUGGACGUCAGAACAGAGGAGGAAUUCAGGGACGGGCAUGUGAAGGAUUCCCUUAACGUACCCUACGUUUUCUUCACCUCACAAGGAAGGGAGAAGAACCCCCAGUUCAUUGAGCAGGUUGCGGCACAUUUCGACAAGCAGGACAACAUAGUUGUGGGCUGCAAAAGCGGAGUAAGGUCUGAACUAGCGUGUUUUGAUCUUAUGGCAGCUGGAUUUGAAAAUGUGAAUAACAUGGAAGGUGGUUACGACGCAUGGGUGGAAAAUGACCUUGCUGUGAAGAAACCUCAAGCACAAGACGAACUAUAGCUGCUGCUAUUCUCCAGUAGUCCAGUUGUUCUUUUGCUUGAUGUGUAUUGUUACUAUUGUAUGGUGGAUAAGUUAACGGUAGGUUUAAUUGAACAAAACAUAUAUAAACUUCUGUGAACAUUUAAAUCGUGAAGAAACCUUCUUAACAGAUGCCAUAAAGGAUGUAAAAAGAACAUGCUCCUUUAUAAACAAGGUGCGAAUGAAUGAAAGUGGUUACAGCGUGAUAGCUAGACCUGAAGCUUUGCUACA